AUGAAUUCUCGAACAGUAACGAUCGUUCUUCUUCUAUUCGCGUUUCUCCAAAACGCGGCGGCUAAGAAAAGACAGCACAGUAUUGUUGCGUCUAACGCUGCGGUUGCGACAGACCAUGGACAGUGUUCAAAAAUCGGAAUGAAUGUUCUUCGUCAAGGAGGGAACGCGAUGGAUGCAUCUGUGGCCGUUGCUCUCUGUUUGGGGGUUGUGAAUCCAGGGUCUAGCGGUCUAGGCGGUGGAUCUUUUGCAGUGGUUAAGAUGGCUAGUGGUAAAGAAACUGCUUAUGAUUUUAGAGAGGUCGCUCCUUUACGAGCUACUGAGGAUAUGUAUGGCGGUAAUCUUGAACUAAAGAAGAAAGGACCCCUAUCAGUAGCUGUCCCCGGGGAAGUCGCAGGUCUAUUCACUGCUUGGAAACAACUCGGAAAGCUACCAUGGAAGCAGUUAGUGUACCCCGCAGAGAAACUGGCAGCUGAAGGAUACAUGAUUUCUAAGUAUCUUUAUAUGCAGAUGAACGCGACCAGAGAUGAUAUUUUAGCAGACAAAGGUGGUCUCUCUGAGCUAUUUGCUUCAAAUGGUGAGCUCAAGAAACCAGGGACGAUUGUUCGUAACCCAAAAUUGGCUUUCACACUUAAGCAAAUCGCUGAACAUGGUCCAAAAGUGUUUUACAAUGGCACGGUUGGGGUUAACCUGGUGAAUGAUAUACAAAAGUUGGGAGGGAUAGUAACUUUGAAAGAUUUGCAUAAUUACAAAGUUAAAGUUAAAAAACCAUUAUCUAACGAUAUUCUUGGAUACCGAUUACUCGGUAUGCCUCCUCCUUCCUCUGGUGGCUCUUCAAUGGUGCUUAUUUUGAAUAUUCUUUCUCAAUAUGGAAUUCCAAAGGGUGUUGCGGGACCGUUAGGUGUUCAUCGACUAGUUGAGGCUCUAAAACAUGCAUUCGCGGUCAGAAUGAACCUCGGGGAUCCAGAUUUCGUCGAUGUUACUAAGGUUGUUUCGGAUAUGUUGUCUCCAAAGUUUGCACAAGAACUGAAGAAAAAGAUUAACGAUGACAAAACCUUUGAUCCUAAAUAUUAUGGUGGCAAAUGGAAUGAGAUUCAUGAUCACGGGACGAGCCAUUUCUCAAUAAUAGAUAAGGAGAGGAAUGUUGUAGCAAUGACUACUACAAUAAACGGUUACUUUGGGGCAACAAAGCUGUCUCCUAGCACCGGAAUCGUUCUGAAUAACCAAAUGGACGACUUCUCGAUCCCCAUGAAGCCCCAACCAGAUGUGCCGCCUCCAGCACCGGCUAACUUCAUCCGUCCCGGGAAACGACCUUUGUCUUCAAUGUCUCCCACCAUUGUACUCAAGGAUGGUAAAGUGAAAGCUGCAGUUGGUGCGAGUGGAGGAUUGUAUAUCAUCCCUGGAGCAACACAAGUUUUCUUGAAUCAUUUUUUCCUCAACAUGGAUCCUCUCUCUUCUGUCAUGGCUCCAAGAAUCUUUCACCAGCUGAUACCAAAUAGAAUUUCGUAUGAGGAUUGGAGGACGGUUUACGAUGAUCACUUCGAGCUUCCUAAAGAGACAAGAGACGUUUUGGAGAAGAAAGGUCAUGUUCUAACGCCGAUUGCUGAUGGAGCAAUUUCUCAGUUAAUAGUUGUAGAAUCCGGUGGAAAUUCAAACGGAACGAGUAGGCUUGUAGCAGUUAGUGAUCCAAGAAAAGGAGGGUUCCCCUCAGGAUAUUAA